GGAGUACCAAAUUGCUCAGAUCCUUGCUUAAUUUACAGUGCGACUUCUGAAAUUAACGCCCUCGAGCUGAGUACUUCCAGAAUAGUUCAUCUAGUGUCAAACCUCAGCCGAGCAGUCGCUCUCGAUGUACACGUUAAGCAGAAAACCAUCUACUGGAGCGACAUUAACCGACAUGUCAUCCAACGGAUGGACCUUGAAACUGGAGAAACUGACAAUAUCAUUACAGACGACCUCGGUGUAGUUGACGGUCUUGCCGUAGAAUGGGAAAGCAAUUUGAUAUUCUGGACAGACUACAGUAAACACAGAGUGGAAGUAGCCUCAUUGGAUGGUUCUCGAAGAAAGGUGCUGUUUACAGAGGAAGUAGAGUAUCCACGAGGAAUAGCGUUGUAUCCAAAGAAAGGGUAAGCAAUUUAACUUAGUGAUGUGACACACAAAUCUAGUUGCAAUGUGGACCGAUGUUUAGUACCUCUUCACGGUUUACCUGCUUGAGCCCAUCGAAAACAGACCACAUUUCGCGACGCCAACAACAGUUACUCCUCAAAAUGACGUCAGAGGAACGACUGCAGAAAUUCUAUACUGAUGACGUGUCACUACCCAGAUCUAGGUAGUGCUUGUGCUUGGUUGAAGCGAAUUUUCCUAGCGGCUCGACGAAUCAGAAGCUUUACCCUGAUCUGAGUACUGACGAUCAUCAGUGUUUAAUUUCUCCGCUCGCUCCUCAAAGGUCAUUUUGCAGGGAAACCAGAUGGCGUUGCAAAAUGUAGUAAAUAUUUUAACCCCAUUAUUUAUGAACAAGCCGAAAACUUUACGACAUUUUAAUCCUUCUUUGUCCAAAUAGUCAUCAGGUAUUGUUUUGAGUAAGGUAUUAGAUAAUGAUAUGCCUUGCUUAGACAUUAACGUAACACUGGAACAAUUAGAGAGCAAACGAAGCCUGAGUAUGGACGAAAUGAUGAGAAUCGUACACUUACAACCUUUUUAACGGGUGCAUUUUGUGAGUAAGUAAUAUAAAUGUAAACUUCACUAAGAAAGCAGCCCAUGGGGAUAACGACCUUACAAAAUGAACGGGGAUGCCCGUUGUCUCGCUUGGGGGUAGACAUGGUCUCUUUCUGGGUGUUCAAAAAGGAAAAAGCAAUAUUUUUGUCUAUAUCACUGAGGGUUUUUCGUAUGGAAAUAUCUAUUUAACAGACAAACUUCGCCAUACUGUGUUGGAGUAUGUAUAAUCUAGAGAUCUAAUGAAGCCUGGGGCGUAACCUUCAGAUUAGUUUCCUGUAGCUGAUUUUUCUACCCUAUGAAUAGAAAAAGAAAUUGAAAAAAUGGGAUACAACGGUCAAGUUACUCGCUUUCAGGUUGAUGUUUUGGACAGACUGGGGGUCUACACCCAAAAUUGAGAGAGCAACUCUUGCCGGCACGAAUCGAACACUCCUUAUUAACUUAACAAGCUCCGUUCAAAACUGGCCAAAUGCCAUAAUUUUGGAUUAUUUGGAAGACCGUAUCUACUGGAUUGACGCAUGGGUUGAUGCCAUUGAUUCUGCUGAUUUGGAUGGCAACAACAGACGAUCGAUAUCAAGUCCGGUACAUCCCUCCAGAGAUAUGCAUCCCUUCGACUUCACUGUCUAUGAUGAUGUCUUGUAUUGGAGCGACUGGAAUACUGACUCUAUUGAGAGACUUAACUGGACAACUGCGGCUUAUCUUGGAGGGUUUGGUAUUUUAACAUCAGACCGAGUUUUUGGGUUAGCAUUAUUACACUCCUCGCGACAACCAGACUCGGCAGGUAACUAUAACUUUUUCAUUCCCAAGUUGACUUGCGUUACGGCAGUACAACAAAGUAUCUCCUGACCAACGUAAUGAUAGCCUCCCACGCAGACGUUCUUAGAGGCUCGUCAAGAGUUCCUGCCCCACGAACGUCUGCUGAACUGAAAGAUAAAUUCCUUUCCCAUUGUUCCCAAAUGUCGGCUGGAGGUCACAUGCAGAUUAUCGGAGAUCCAAUCGGCGCUGUUGAAGUCAAAGUGUUGACAAGCCAAACACAUACGCACAAGCUCUGUAGAGCGUGAUAAGUGACCACAGAUUUUUACUCCUGACGAGAACAUAGGAGAUAAGCGUUGGCUCUUUGUAUAUUUCUCUCUGUAAAGGCUGGAUUAGAUGUCCUUUGCUCAUAGAGUUGUUCUUUGGAUGAUGCAACGGCGGGGUUACCUUGUAAGACUGAACAAAAGGUAGAAUUUUUUUCACAAGUUAUUGUUUUGUAGUAAAGCCGACUUCCGUUCAGCAAAUUUAACCUUCAAAGUAAUUUUUUUCAACGAGAUUCUGAGGGUAGCCACUAGUACGAACGCUUGUGAGUUAACUGAGUAGUUUGUUCUAAAACGGUAAGGUCUUCACCUUUCAUGAGACCUUUCUGGUCUUUUCUGGAGCCAUAAAGUCAAGCGCGAAAUUUUUCAAGGUCCAAAGUACACUUCCUAGAUCUGGAAGUCUGCUGCGCUUGGUCUACGCUUUUUUCCGCUCAAGUCAGCGGACGUUCGUGGAGCAGGAACGCUUGACGAACCCCUAAGAGCGUCUGCGUGGGAGUCAAGUGAAAUGAUCGCUUAAAAGAUUGCUAAUGAGCCGAAAGUAUACCAAAUCUACGAAACAACCACCAAGGUCAAUUAUACCGUAGAAAAAUAUCUCUGCAACAGCGUUAAGUUGAAGCCGUGGGUAGCCUUUUUAUUCUCGUUAGAACUUUUCACUAAGGGAAGGAAAAAUGCCACGAGUACCAUAAAAUUACAUAAAAAUUGUUGAACAGACGCUCAGCGAUUGCAUCUUAUCACGUGUUAUGAAAGUAAUUAUUUUGACGUGGAGUUGUCCACGUUUGUCCCCAAGUUUGGUUACUACCAUGGCCAUCCUACUGACUUCACGAGGCGUUAAGGUGUUUCGGUGGGUGUGUAUCCAAUUUAAUUUUAGGCCAUAUAAAAGAUUGUGUGAGAGACUGAAUCUUAUUCUCAUAUUCACCUUGCUAUAUGCCGGACGGAUAAAUCCUAAUAAUAACGAAACGUUUACCCAUGGUUGCAGCAACCUCUGUGGGAGUUUUAUCGCUACCAUUUUGUUGUCUUGUAAAGUCACCUCUUCCACGUUGUGACGGACAGCCUUGUUGUUUUUAUAACAGAGCUCCACGUGCGCGCGUGGGCGGGUCCCCAUAGCUAAGUAAAUCUACCCAUCCCAGAAAAUUUGGUAAUCAUGUGACCGUACACCGACCGUCCGUCCUCAUCACAGGGAAACCAAUAUUUUAUCUUGCACUUUUUAGCGAGUUUGGGAGCUCUGGUGCAACCUGAUGUUGCACAUCACUGCACAUCAUUUCACAUCCAUGUUGUGAUCAAUUGACAGCUGUAAAAACAGGGUAUCCGCUGACCAGUAUCAUCUCCCGCAUCGCGGGCUCAGGUAUCGACCCAUUGAGGUCGAGUAUUUUUUGAAGUUAUCCGCUGACAAGUUACUUGUUUUCAAAUGAUCGAAGGCUCAAGUUCAUUUUUUUACAAAUUCAUAUGAAAUAUGUUGUGUUUGAAAUAUGUCACUAUGGCCCCGCACUAUUAAGAUUUUGAUUUCAAACUGACCUCGGACGCGAAAAUUCAGCCAGUUAUUUAAAAAUACAGGCGGGGAAGACCUUUCUUACGAUGGUCACGCUCUACGUCCAAUUUUUAUUCUCUGUUUGCUCAAAAUUAGACAGGUGAGUUCAUGUGGAAAAUUUAUGCAACAUCUUGAACCUUGUUUACUUUGACAGCUGAAGCUGACAGAGUUUUAUGUCAACUUGUGAUGUUUUAAACUGUCUUUUUCCAAUGGAUGUACAAAAUGAAAUACAGCUGCUAUCAAGAGUCUUUUGUUAUUCAUGACUGGUUUGUUAUUGGGUUUUGGUUGUGAAAUGCGUCGCUUGUCAAAGUCGGAAAUCCGAGAGAGUUUUAAAGUCUCAAGCGAUUUUGGCCUCACUUGAUAGCUUUCAGGAGCUGCGUCUCGAAUUGUAGGCCUGAGUUAUUAUUGUAUUUGAUGUUUGUUUUUUUGUGUAUAUAUAUAUAUAAUUUUAUGAAGCCGAGCACAGUUUAGUUUAUGUGGCAAGUUUAUGCACGUUUGUAAGAUUUGAGACAAUGAUCUGACCUAAUAUCAGAUUUGAUAUAAGGUUACGGAACUUUAAAAAGCCUUAAGAUAUAUUUUCUCACCGCAAAUAGAAAGAAAACAUUCCGAAGAAUAUUUAGUUAUAGAUUUGGCUAUAGAAAGAAAACUUUGAGCGAUUUUCUUACCUCGAGUUCCUCUUUGAAAAAAAGCAAACCCCGGGAGGCCCGGCUUAAAACAUAAACUUAAGCUUUAAGCUUAAUUAGAGAUACCUUAAUACUUGUGUUCGUGAAUGAAAAUUGUUGUCUCUGUAAAUUUUUUACCGAAUUAUAUUUCUUUAAUUGCUUGUUAGUGGUCUCUCGUGCAAUUUUAAUCGCUGUGCCGUUUGUUUUCAGUCGUUCAUAAACAGCGCUUGCAGGAGCACUCAAAAUACCGCGCGUAUCAAACGCUUUUUAAGAUUACACAUUAUUAUAAAACUAUUAAAUAAAAAAGUAAAGAAUAUAAUUUUUUUAGUAUGUUGAAGUGUAACUCCAGUAAUGUUCAUUCAAACACAGCAAUCAAAAGUGAGGACCGACUGGGCCUUUUUUUGUUUUUUUUUUCUAUAGGUGAGUUUGGAAAUUUUUUGAACGGUUUCCCUUAAAGCCCACGAUUAAUCGUCCUCAAUAUUGACUAAGUGCAAUUUGUCAAAUACUGCAUUCUAUUCGAGGUCUGUAUGAUAAAUAGUACUGUUUCACCUCAAAUAUGAUGUAUAAAAAGUAUAAAAGGUUGGUUUACACACCCUCAGGUUUUUUGGCAAGAUUUUGUAAAGUGAACUUGUGGAACGCAAAAAAAUUCGACCUGAUUUGUUUUCCAAGAAGUUUUUUUCCAGGCCUAAUCUACUGUGAUCAAGAGCCAUUAUGGCUCUUGAAUGUGAUCGCAGAUGAUUAAGAUUUUUUGAGUGUACAUAUAAGACUAUCAACUCGCUGUAAGCCGUUUCACUCUAAGAUCACUUAGCCUUUCGCUCAAAAGUCACAUGAAUGUGCCGUUAAGUUAAUUGAUGUGUGGAUUACAAGUUUAUCGUUUGAUUUACAUUAUAAAUUUAUUAAUGGAAGCUUCGCUUUUAGCCCUGGCUAAAUCUAUAUUUUAUACAUGCAUAACAACAGUUUUUUUUCGGCAAGAAAAAGUAGCUAUUAUAAAAACUAAGAGUGCAACUAUUGCUCUUUUCUCUUCUACUCCUUUCCUUCUCGUCAUUCUUUCUUCUUCUCCUUUCCUUUUCCUUCGUUACUGUGAUUUUGGAGCUUCUCGGGCUUAAGAAAUUUUUUGGCGCCUUUUCACUCAGAUAACUGCAAAUUUUGUUAGGUUGGUGUUCAAAAAAUCGGUUAGAUAUAUAUAUAUCGUAGAAGCAUCUUAAUAAUGAACUCUUAUUUAUAAGUGGUUAUAGUAUCAACUACGUUUAUGCCCAAAACAAUUAUGUUGCAACUAUAAAAAUCACAACAUAUCAAUUAAUUGUUUCAAGAGUGGCUUUAAUUUAUUACUGAUAUCAUUACCGAAUUUACUCUUUAUGUCUUUGUUUAUAGUUUAUCUUAAACAUGUCCCUUCGUUAUUUAUUGCGAACUUUUCGCCACUCACUACAUCUGAAUCAUGGUAUCGACUGUUCAUAUGGCAUUAGCUUUUCUACCCUUGAUUUGGGAUAUUGGCAAAAAGUACGUCACAAUCCCGUUUGUUUGUGAACAAAAGAAAACACGAACAUAUUUUAAAUAGCUUCGUGUUCGCUUGUUUGUUUGCUUUUUUUCAAUUUGAUUUCUAUUGACACCACGAACUUUAUAUCUUCAUAAACACGAAUCCUUGGUUUUGCAGACUUUGAAUAUUAGUGUUGUUAUGAAUAUUGAUCAUGAUCAUGACCGCGAGGGUCAAAUAUGUAUUUUAUCUGAAACUUUUCUAUCAUAUAUGUCAGGUAACCUGUUAUGCAAAGUGAACAACGGUGGCUGCAGUCAUCUAUGCCUUUUGACGCCUGACGGAUAUCAGUGUGCUUGUCCUGACGGCUUGCCUCUGCAACCAGAUGAGAAGAAGUGUUUGACAGGUAAUAAACAGAUCAAUAACUAACCCAAAUGGAAUAAUAAAUGUCCUUUGUGUCUUAGCUUUUUCCAUAAUUGUUUUGUUCUACCUUGUAACAAAAAGUAUGUUGGUGUUUUCUUCUUUUCAGAAUUCUCAAGUUUUCUUCUUUUUGUUGAGGGACAUAACAUCAGACAAAUGCAACUGCAUUUUAAUUCCAGUACAACAUAUAGAAUUCCACUGAAAACACCUCCUUUAACACCUGUAGCUCUAGACUAUAAUUUUCAGGACAAAAAAGUCUACUGGACUGAUGUGUCACUCAACACAAUAUCCAGAUCGUUUUUGAACGGAUCCGCUCAGGAAAUUGUUGUGUCCUCUCGCAUUGAGAACCCUUAUGGACUUGCUGUUGACCCGUUUGGUCAGAAUAUAUAUUGGACAGACAGUGCAGAAGUUACUAUUGAGGCUGCAACGUUGAACGGCUUGUACAGACGCAUAAUCAUUAACAAGGAUUUGCAAAGUCCAACGGAUAUUGCCUUGGAUGUCACUAGAGGGUAUGAUUGAUAUAGGCGUAUGUUCGCCAAGUUUCUUCUCCGAUUGCUUUCCUAGUAUAAUUUAACCUUUUAGUUGCGCAUAAACUCAUAAUUUAGCUUUAAUCAACUAUGGGGUAGCCUGAAUCUCCUGGCCUUUAUACUUAAUCGUUAAUUUCCUCGAGUAAAUCAGCCCAAUCAGGACUUUCUGUUUCAGCGAUAAUGCAAAAUACGAUAAAAUCUACGCGUUCGUCCCUUUUCCUCCCUUCGCUCCAAGCUCUCCCCUCAUCAAGAUUUUGUUUCUAAAUAAGUUCAAGCAACCAAUGAUUUUUUCUCUGUUUUUUGGUUUCUCUACAUUCGACUCGUGAUUACUAGUAAUACAAUCACGAUUGAAAAUUCACGCCUUAUUCGUUACAACAUCUACCGGAAAAAGUGAAGAGUCAAUCAGCUCUUGGUAUUUAUGUAAGAUAGCCAUCACUAAACGUACAUAGUGCAAAUUACAGUGCUACCGUUAUACGUUUUAAAUAAUGAAAUUCUCUAACAAAUUCUGUUCUUGCACAUUCAUCAAAAUAACCACAAGCUAACCACACAGCGGCUUCAUCUUUCAUUCGGCAGUUUACUACCAUUUUUUCACACUCGAUACCUACUUCGUUCCAUUUUCAUUUUUACAAAAUUCUUAGUGAGCUUCUCUUUUUGCUCGGCAGAUUCAUGUAUUGGACUGACUGGGGAAUUGACAAAAGAAUAGAGAAAGCAGAUAUGGACGGUCAAAACAGAGUCACUGUUAUCGACUCAGGACUGUACUAUCCCAAUGGGCUUGCUCUUGACAUUGAUAGAAACUGGCUUUACUGGAUAGAUGCAAGUUAUGAGAGGCUCGAGGUUUACGAGUUUCCAACUAACACUCGAAGACAAGUUAUCUCAAGUCAUGUCUACCUGCGUUACCCGUUUGGACUGGCACUACAUCAGAAUCAUCUCUACUGGACAAGCCAGUAUUAUAAUGGAAUAUACCGCGCAGAUCGACAAAAUGGGGAAAACGUCGUUAAAAUACUGUCCACCGAAUCUCAACCGCUGCUUAUUCAUGCCUAUGAUGUCAAUAAUACGUUUUUACCAGGUAUUUAAACGAAAAAUCUCAGUCACAGUUGCAUUGCAUUGAAAAAGAGAAACUCUUUGUUGGAGUUACACAAAACGUCACUGAUUAUCACUUAACCUAAAAAAGAAUUCAAAUACACCUGUCUGCAAUUCGACGAGAGAAGUUCUUCCAGUGCCUGCAUCCAUGGGAAAUCUCGUCUUCAAUAUGAUUUUAAACGUUCAAUUUAUCUGUGUUGCCACGGACGGCCUUGGGAAGAUUCAAGCAUGUGCUGGGUUGUAAAUCUUGGCAUAUCAUCUUAAACUCUUAGUUGUAAAGACACAAGAUGUUCUUGAUUUGCAUCUGACGGACAGGUCAUUUUUUAUCUCUUGUUAUCCCUACGAAUGGCGGGCUGUAGCAUAUCUUCUAUAUCAAGUCACAAACUAUGAGAAACAAAGAAGCUUUUUUUUCUUUUCAGUUACUGAUGAAUGUAGAAACAACAAUGGAGGAUGUAGCCAGCUUUGCUUGCUAACACCAUUUGGGGCAAAGUGUUCAUGUUCAGAUGGGCUUAAUCUCGCCGUCGACGGGAAGACUUGUGAAGGUACUUAAUGCUGUAUUGCAGAAAUGACACGUUUAUUGCAUACCAUAAUAAGACAUUAUAAGAAGAGAUCAUGGAAAAUCUUACACAAAAAAUUUGUAUGGAAAAGCACAACGGUGUCCACCAUUUUGUUCGUUGGCCAAUUUUUCCCUUUGCCUUAAACUCCUCAUGAAUAGAUAUAAAAAUUAAAUCAAGGUGGAAAAUCAAUCGAAACGUUUAAAUUGGAGUGAUUCAUUUACAAUAAGGAGAAUCCUGAGUUCUGAUUAUCUACCCGAGCAGACAAGAUUAUCCGCUAGCUUCCGCUAUGUCCCGCAAAAAGAGAGUUUGUUUUGGCAAAUGUAAAGAUCCAUUAUUGCUGAAGUUUGUUCGGUCGAGGUAGCUGUAUAGUGACCUCGUAUUUUUUUUGCGCCCUUAUAUGGACGUGCACUUCUUUUCGGUCUAUAAAAACGCAAAAAAAAAAACUUGAAAAACAAAAACUAUCCAGCCUUUGUAUCCUCGCGUUUGAUAAAUAAGCCGACAUUGCAUGUUAAGUUUGCUUACAAAGAGAACUAUAUUAAAAGAUGUAGUUGCCAAUAGUCGUUUCAUUUAUUGAUUACAACCUUCGUUAUUACUUUUAGCACCUCAGCAGUUUCUGUUGUUUGCUGAUGCUACAUAUGGUAGAAUAGUGAAAGUACUUCCUCAUGAUCCCCAACAGCGUGUACAACUACCUUUAUCAGCAAGCAUAAUUACCCGACCCGUUGCCCUUGGUUACGAUCUCGUACAGGACAGAGUGUACUGGACAGAUGUCACAAGGAAUACGAUCUCUCGUUCAUUUCUGAAUGGGUCUAUGCAGGAAGUCCUUUUUGACCAAAACGUGCAAACACCAGAUGGACUGGCAGUAGACAUUGUCGGAAGGAACCUGUACUGGACUGAUACGGGCACCAAUAAGCUGGAAGUUUCUAAACUGGAUGGGUCCUACCGUAAAGCCCUCAUAACAACCGGGUUAGAUGAACCUAGAGACAUCAUAUUGGAUAUUAGUAAAGGGUAAGAAUUAAAUGACGUCCGUACGCAUGUAUAAUAGAGAGCUUUAGCAACAGCGACGGCGACUGCAACAAGAACGUCAAACAAACACGUGCGACACACUUUUUUUGUACAUUUCUUUGCCGUCGCUGCUACGACGGGAAAAUGCCUAAUUUGACGUUUUAUGGAGUAAAAAAGCUAAGACAAUUUUUUUUUCUCUUUCUAAACUUGAGUGGGGUGCCCAAGAAAUCAACUCCAUUGGAAUUCGCCUACAUUUGAUAUUUUCAGCAAAUUGGAAUAAACUCGACAAAGUUUGAAGGAAAACGCGAAGUCAUUUUUAAAGUGACUUUUGCCGUCGUUGUCGUCGAUGCUAAAGCUCUCUUAAAUGCAAUACAAAGAUAAUGACAGUUUUAACGUCUGCCUCCUUGCAUAGAUACGACUUAGCUCUGAGCUUUGCCUGCAGGCGUGAGGGGAGAAUUCAUUUUCAAAUCCUUCAAUCCUUCCUUAAGGAUAACCCUCGCAUUUAUACUCCUUCUAUGCCCAAUUACGUGGUAAGGUGAACAUAAACAUAAAGUAAUCCAGACUGACGUAUUUCUUCGAAAGAGAAAUGUAUCUUGGUACCCUAAAUUCACCUUCCAAUCCAGUUUUUUUCUCAGUAAAAGGAGUUUUUAUGAACUAAAAUUCAUUUCCCUUGGUUAUACUUCUAACCAUUACUAAAUAACUUGAUAACUAACAAAAACGAACUUGUGACAAUGACUAAUGUCCACCAAGAUACGAAAACAGAGUUAAUACAACAGUUCCUACAAAACACUAGGUAAACAAUAACAACACAAUAUAUUAAAUGUACAUCUAACUCUAACUUAAACUAAGUAAUUAACACAAGUUACAAUUUAUGCAAGCAACGGAAAAAAAAAAUGAUCUGAUUUUUAAAAAAAAACAUUUUUAGGAUUUAUAAACCAUUUUCAGUCAGUAUUUUCAAUGAAAAAAAAAGUCAUUCUUUUCAAAGUAAAAGCAAGUAAGUCAUUCAUUUUCAUAUUUCGCCACAAUCUUUCUUCAAAAAUCCAUGUAUGCAGGUGCAUGCAUGUAUUGUUUCCCCAGAUAAACUUUACCAGUGAUUAGCAUACAGCUAUUCCAGAAAACGUUGUCGGAAGGAAAGAAAAAAAGUUUAAGCCAAGACCGAAAGGUAAUAUGGGAUUUUUAGCAUGAACUGCUAAAGGUCCUAUAGAUAGUUUUUACCGUCACGCAACAAAAAAUUAAAUUGGAAACCGUCCUGUGGAAGAAGCCAAGAAAAUGAAAUGUUAUAAAAGACUAAUAUAUAAACAAUUUGUUCAAGUCUCAGAUCUUCGUGGCCCACAGUUUCUGAGUUAUUUGCCGAAAUGUUUCGCGCACCUUUGUAUAGCUUUGUAUGGAGACGCCAUAUUGGUUCACCGUUUUGGUGCACCAAUAUGACCGCCGGAAGUCAACAAAAACCUCUGGAGUUCACUUUUUCUAUAAAAGGUCUUUCUUUUCACUCGAGAACUAGUAUACGUACGCAUAAAUAUAUCCUCUAAUACUUGAAGUGGUUAUACUGCUACAAAUCAAGAGGAGAGANUUGCCCAUUUUAGGCCUCGCGAAGAAAAAAAUUCGUUAAAAAAAUAUUAUUCACUCGAUCGUACUUAAACCAACGAUUUUGUAACUAGGGCCCAUAGGGCUUUAUUCUGGCUGAGUUUGAGGCCAGGUCAUUUUUUGACUAUUUCCACGUCUAGUUGAUAUUUACGCGGAGUCGCUCUUAAUUUGCACGUGCAUCACCCUUUUUUGUCCGUGGCCGUUGUUGCCCUACGGCUUGAAAUGUGUCAUGUUUUAUAGGGGAAGUGAACAGCAGACCACAAUUUUCUUGUCCACGCAUUCUCGCGUGCUGGUGUAGUGCAAAAUAUUACCUGCAGUAGACUUUGGCGAGCUUUAAUUAAUGCUUGAGUAGCAACCAUUAUUCGGAAAAAGGUUUGUUUAUAACAUUUUUUCGUCCACUUCGCUACUACGUUAUACAAAUUGAUAAAAUGUAAAAUUUAAUGUCAUUUUUCCUUGCUAAUUAGCUGAACAAAAUUGCUUUCAAAGAUGGGAAUAAGCAAGAGUGCACUUCGACUGAAACGUAAUUUUACCUUAUGCUUUUUUAAAAACUAAAAUGAUAAGUAUGGUUCAGUAUAAUUCAGUAUAAAUGACGAAUAAAAUCAGCGACCAGUUUAGUGGAGUGAUUGUUUGCCAGCAAAAGAAGGAUUUGAAACAACCCCCAUUACCUUCUUCGGUCUUGGCGUGAAGACUUUUUGCUUUUCUCCCGACAACGUUUUUUGAAAUAGCUGUAUAAAAGUAAAUGAUGAUUCGAAGGGCCUUCUGUGGUCCCUACUACUACGAUAAAGUCAUGAAAUGAUAGUUGAAUUUUUUUCCUUUGAAAGUUGGUGCCAAAAAUAUUCAAACUCAGACAAGAGCCUCCUGACUCAGACCAUAAACGCUUCGAAAACGGACCAAAAUAGAAAAGAUGAUACAGCGACUCUGAUUCACUAUUCCCUGCUAGUGGAGGCCUCUUUUCCCUAGUAUUCGGCUGCCCGUCGAAUUCCAGGGAAAGAGGCCUCCGCUAGCAGUCAAGAGUUCACUACUAGAGCAGAGAAGGAACAGAGUUUGCUUGUUCCGUAGACUAUUCGGUAUAGCUUGGAGUUGGUAUAAGGGAUGCCAUUGAGAACUUUAAGUAUUCCGCCGUGACAAGUAUACGAUUGUUGAAAUGAUGAAUAUUACAUGAAUUUUAUAAAAUAAAAACGCAAAUAAUGAAAUUAAUUAAUUAAAUGCAAAUAGGAUCAUCGCAGUCAUGUGCGUAUGUAUUUAAUUGAGAUGGUCUUCUUUGGCCAGUCCACUAUAUGACAUAAAUAUAUUCAUCAUUUCAUCUUUAUUUUCUGGGGCAUAUGAUGAGCUAGAUUUAAAGACCACCUCCCAGUUGACUUGCUAACUCCACUGGUUAGAGCGCUGCGAGGUAUCGCUGAGGUCAGGUUUCGACUGACGGCAAGCCCGAUGUUUUUUGAAGCUGCAUAGUUACGUCUUUAACUGCGAUAAUUAUUUUUUGCAUUUAUCUAUACGAAAAUGUUUUUGUUGGUGUUUUCAUAGAAUCAUGUACUGGACAGACUGGGGUUCCAAUCCAAAAAUAGAGAAAGCUAAUAUGGCUGGUAAAGAGCGCAGUGUAUUGGUAGAUUCCGUAUUGCAUUGGCCCAACGGCCUAACACUUGAUAAAGACACCAAUAGAUUGUACUGGGUGGACGGAAGUUAUCACAAACUUGAAUACUUGGAUCUCGAUAAUAACAACAGGGUAACCUUGCUGAUUUCAUCAAGUGUGUUGCCACACCCCUUUGGUCUUACACUGCUGGGAGAUCAUGUUUAUUGGACUGAUUGGAGCACAAACGCUGUUUAUCGAGCGAAUAAAGAAAGCAUUGGUCUUAUCUCAGCUUUUAUCACUGGCAUAGGACAGCCCAUGGACAUACAUGGAUAUAACGUUAGUGCACCCAUAGUACCAGGUAAUGAGCACAACUUUAUUAAAAGAAAACCUGUCACUGUUUUUUUUUUCUUUUUCUUUUUUUACUCUAGACACAAUAACCUACAUCAGUGAUUAGACAGAUAAAUCACAUUUUGUAAUAAUAUUUUUGGGCGCAUGAAUGUAUUUUUAAACGAAACUUAUAUUCUCCAGUAACCAAACACUCAAAAUUUCAAGGCUAAAAUCUCUUUAUAUUUAGAUAUUCUUAAUAUCACCAUUGCAAACCACAACGCCAUAAUAAUUAUCAGUGAAAUUUUUCAGUUACUGAAGACUGUAAUAAUAACAAUGGUGGAUGUGAUCAACUUUGUCUGCUUACACCAUCUGGAAGAGAGUGCGCAUGCUCAGGUGGAUCAGCUCUCAAUGACGAUGGAGAAACGUGUCAAGGUAGAUAA